UUCUGUAAUGAUUACGAGCAUCUCGAAAAGUUAUACAUUACAAUUUUUGAUUUUAUUGAGAAUAUCCUCUGAAAGACAUCGAAAUUUCUGUUGCAAGAGUUCUGCUCAAAAGAGUUUAAUACUCGUAUACUCAAGGAUCAUGCAUCGCUGGUUCUUUGCCAAUGAGCGCGAGGAGUGCGACGAGGAGGCAAAGGCCCGCGAGGAAGACAACCAGGUGGAAGAAGAUGCCAAGGAGGAGUCGGUGGCACCUCCCGUUCGCACCACAGAGUGGCCCUUCUGCGUGUUGUAUCCCCGGCCGCUGCAGGGCAACGAGUACCUGGCCAUCACCGGCAACUGUGAAUCUCUGGGCGACUGGGAUCCCCAGAAGGUGGUCGUGAUGGACAAGAAUGACUGCUCCUGCGAGAACAGAUUCGUGGCGAAGACCGGCCACUGCCAGCAGAGGUUCGAGGCGACUGUGAUCAUUCCACGGAACAUCGACAUCCACUAUCGCUUCUGUGUGGUCGUCCCCGAUGGGGAGACGGGCCAGAACUUCAUACGCUUCUGGGAGUCCCGCCUGGAGUCGCGUGUCAUCCGCACCUGCCAGAACAUGCUGAAGGACUGCGAUCGCUUUGGCUAUCGCAACGAGACCGACACCGAAUGUCUGGUGGAUCGGGGAUGGGCCACCAGCGAGACCUACAUCCACUUCAAGAUCUUCAACGCGCCGUUCCUCUGGCAGCAGCAGUCGCCCCGUCUGCUCUACGUCCACAUCCAGCCGAUGUUCGAGAAGGAACAGUUCUGCCCGGAUGCGGAAAAGGUUCCUGUCCGCACACUCAAGCGUCUCACCCUGCUCAGCCGUCAAUCCGGGUCCGCGGCUGCCGAGGAGAUCGACCAGAGUCUCCGUCUGGCCUACACAGAGGUGGCCAACCUGCGCCACCCGAAGAAGCUCCGCUUCCAGCCGUACCACGGCGUCUGCUGCGGCCCGGAGGACAUGCAGCUCUACCACUGCUCCAUUGGCAAUCCGCAGGAGACGCACUACCGCCUGGAUCUCUACACCUUUGCCCACAAGUCGGGCCCCGACGAGCCGCCCUACCACUACGGCUAUGGCUUCGUGAAUGCGGACCAGCUGGUGGACAGCGAGGGGCAUGUGGUCGUCUCCAUCAUCUGCGCCUCCACCCACCGACCCCUGAUCGAGAUGUGCCUGCGCUACCUGAUCAUCCGGCCCCUGGAGAACUUCAAGUGCGAUAUGCGGAGGACUUACGAGCGCUACUGGCGCCGCAAUCGCCUGCCGAUGGACAUUGGCCAUCGAGGCUCGGGCACAACCUACUGCCUCGGGGAGAAUCUGGUGCGGGAGAACACGCUGUAUGGGUUCAAGCAGGCCGCUGUGGCCAAUGCCGACAUGGUGGAGUUCGAUGUGCAGCUCACAAAGGACGCCCAAGUGGUUGUCUACCACGACUUUGUGAUGAAGUUCCUCCUGCAGCGCUGUGCGAGCUACGAGGAGCUGCUCGCCAGCUGCGACCUGCUGGUCUUUCCCUUCGAGAAGCUCAAUCGCCUGAAGCUCUUGGCGAUGGGCGGAUGCAAGCGGACCAACCACAUUGCCGUGCCCUUCGAGGCGUUCACCUACGACCAGUUGACCCUGGUGCGGGUCCUGCGCUUUGCCGCCAACAAGGGCUACGAGGUGCCCUGCGAUCGCAUGCUGCACGAGCAGCGGCCCUUCCCCCUGCUGCUGGACUUGUUCGAGAAGGAGGAGGACCUGCUGCCGCAGACUCUUGGCUUCAACAUCGAGAUCAAGUUCCCGCAGCUGGACAGCACCCGGCGCUGGGAGGACGAGUGCUUCAAGCCCACCUUCGACCGGAAUGUGUACGUGGACACCAUUCUGGAGAUUGUCCUGCAGCGUGCCGGCAGCAGACGCAUCUUGUUCUCCUGCUUCGAUGCGGAUAUCUGCACGAUGGUGCGCCUCAAGCAGAACCUCUAUCCGGUGGUGCUGCUCACCGCGAAUCCCGAGUGCCCCGUCCAGUAUUUGGACAAGCGCGUCAGUGUCCUGGACCAUGCCGCCCACCUGGCCCACAGCUUGGAGUUCUUCGGCCUGGCCAUGCACACCAAUACGGUGCUGCAGCGGCCGGAAAUCGGGCCCCGGCUCCAGCAGCUGCACCUCCAGGCUCUCGUCUGGGGCAGCGUCAACGCGGACAUUCGGGUGCGCAAUAUAACGAAGAAGCAUGGGGUGGUGGGCAUCAUCUACGAUCGCCUGGAUCAGCUGGAUCAGGUGGGGGAGGAGCUGCCCUGCGGCAAUCUAUGCAUCAUAGAUUCACCGGCCAACAGAAAGAUGCUCAAGCAAAUAGAGGAGCAGGAGUGGCGGGCCAAGUGCGGCUACAAUCCCGAAGCAUAGUAUUUAUUUUGUGUCCAAAUAUUGCCCAUAUAAUCGUACUCGUACUCGUA